CAUAAAAAACCUUGUUCAGUCACACUCAAACCGACACGAGUAUUGCCGAAACCGAAACAUUUAUCCAUGGCUCGUAGUUCUAAUCUCUAAAAAAAAUCCUCGUCUGACAAUCUCUCCCCCCGCUUACCACUCUCUCCAUUUGUUUUCGCCAUGUGUAAGGUUCAUGAGAUAUCUUUCACUAUCUCACCAAUCACCAGCCCUCCAUAGUUCGUACCAUAGCGAUACAAUGAGCUUUGGGCUCGAUUGAGUUCGAUUGUUUAUUUUCUUGGUUAUCGGGGAGUUGUAUUAUUAUGUGCUAGUAGACAUCUUGAUGAGGUGCAUUGCUUCUUUGAACGAAAAAAGUCGACGAGUCGAUAAGGGAAGUUGCAGGUGAUGUACAUACUCAAAAUCAAAGUGUUGUGCUCAAUUCAGCAUUUACCUUAAAAUUAAGGGAUCAUUUUCCACUCACAUAGAACAUGCUUCUGAUUUUCCCACGAAACCUUCCUGAUUCACACUUUCUAAUUCCCUCACAACUAACGCCUACCCACCCAAUUCUUGGUCAGUUCCUUCUUCCUGCCUCAACUAUACAUUUGUCCUAAACUGGUACCCAAACUUCACUUUCUCCUCUAAUUAAGACCCAUGCAGUAGACAAGUCACAAGAGCUUUAAUUUGUUAUAUCUCCAAGUUGGCUCCAACCAGUGACGGAGCUAGAAAUCCAAGCGAAAGGAACGAGAAAAAGACGAGCAAGGCAUUCGAACCCUAGCAGAGCUAGGCACGAGUAAACAAUUCGUAGCAACUAGGUAGGGGGGAAACAAAGAAGUUUGAGGAACUUGAAUCCUAGUAAUUAAGCAAGGGGUUCGAACUCUUAUCGGUUGAUUAUACUUAUCGAUUUGCUACAAGUUUGAUGCCUAAUUUUAACCACAGAUUGAAAGUUGAGAAGAUAAGUGAUCUCCCCUGUGAAAUUGUUCAGCACGUGGCUCCGACUAUAUCGAUAACGAAUAUGUAAAUUACGAAAAUAUAUGGUUGAAAAAUUUAUUCGGAUCUAUAAUUUGAUCGCGUGACAUGAAAGUGGAGAAAUCAUCGUUGCUCGAGACUUGUCAACACACUCUGUAAAAUCAUCAUCUCGCUAAAUAAUGAAAACUCUUAUCGUUGGAACGAAAAUAUGGCUACAAGUAUGGAAACUCAAUACGAGUUUCGAAGACCUAUGUGUCAUGAGGUUGAAUCUCAGUGAAACAGAUACAUAUAACUGCACUGGUGAGAGACAUGCAAGUCAUGGUCUAGCCAGCUAAUAGACACACGAACACAGUUAUGCUAAAAACAUAUACGAGGUCUGCCACGAAUACAUACGAAAUACACAUUAACGUAACUCGCGUACACCAACACAACACACGCUUCGUUACACUUUCUAUCACUUGUUUGAGAAUACAAAGUAAUUUAGGUACCAAAACGUAACUUCCUUUGCAACCCACCCAAUUCAUUGGCCCAAAGGCCCAGACAAACAACACAGGUAAGAAGUAGACAAAGCCAAAACCCCUAGGCGCUAAAACCAACCGAAAAACCAACAGCCAAAAUAGGCGAAAACAGAGCAUAGCAAGCUUCUCGCAUAGCAAGCUCUCAGCCAGGCGCCAGCCCACAGCGCAGCAGCAGAAAAGGAAGACGAUUGACUUCCUUCCUGCCCUUCCCUUCCCUUCCCUUCCUUUCACAGUUUCAGACCAAAAACACUCCAUAAAAGUGAACCGCUUUCACUUUCCCCCCUGAUCCAAAAAAUCCUCCCGAAUCUCUCCCCUUUCUCUGCCUUCCCUAAAAAUGGCGAUGUCCGCCUGCUUCCUCGCCGCCGGCUCCCUCUCCUCCUCCGCCGCCAAACCCCGAAUCCACCUCCCUUCGUUCCAAUCCCCUUCACCUUUCCAAACCCUCCGCCUCAGCUCCUCCUCCUCCCCUGCUUUUUCCUUCCGCCAUCUCACCAAUCGACAACGCCUCCUCCCUCUGUUUGUCCCUUCCGCCUCGCUCGGCGGCGGCGACGACGGCGGGAUCAACCGGUUCCCUCCCUCCGGCAGCGGCGGGGGAGGAGGGGACGAACCCUCUGAUGGCGACAAUGCAGGGGACAAGAACAGGGUAGAAGCGAUGAUGGUGCUGGCGGAGGCCGGGAGGUUGCUGGAGAGCCUCCCGAAGGACCUGGCGGUGGCGAUCCAGGACGGGAGGAUUCCUGGGGCGGUGGUUUCGAGGUUUUUGGAGCUGGAGAAGUCGGCGGUGAUGCGGUGGCUGCUUCAGUUCGGCGCGUUUAAGGAGAGGUUGCUGGCGGACGAUCUGUUUUUGGCGAAAAUCGGGAUUGAGUGCGGCGUCGGCAUCUUCACCAAGACUGCUGCAGAGUAUGAGAAACGCAGAGAGAAUUUCUUCAAGGAGCUGGAAAUUGUGUUUGCUGAUGUGGUGAUGGCCAUAUGUGCAGAUUUCAUGCUUGUUUUCCUCCCUGCGCCUACCGUCUCUCUCAGACCAGCUCUGGCAGGAACUGCUGGACCUGUUGCAAGGUUCUUCUAUGGUUGCCCUGACAAUGCUUUCCAGACUGCUCUUGCUGGAACUUCGUAUUCAUUCGUGCAGAGACUAGGCUCAGUUGUGCGAAACGGAACAAAGCUCUUCGCUGUUGGCACUGCAUCUUCCCUGAUUGGGACAGUGGUAACAAAUGCCCUGAUCAAUGCAAAGAAGGCUGUGGACAGUACCGGGGAAGUUGAAAACGUGCCUAUACUCUCGACCAGUGUUGGCUAUGGUGUCUACAUGGCAGUUUCUAGCAACCUCAGGUACCAAAUCUUGGCUGGUGUUAUUGAACAACGAAUCUUGGAGCCUUUACUCCAUCAACACAAGCUCAUGCUCAGUGCAAUCUGUUUCGCUGUUCGAACUGGCAACACUUACUUGGGCUCACUUUUGUGGGUGGAUUAUGCUCGCAUGAUCGGGAUCCAAAAGGCCCAAGAAGAGCAUAAUGAACUGGCUUAGGCAGAUGCAAGAGUCCAGAACCUUGUGUGGAACUUAUUUUUUUACUUUGUUUGACCCCCCAUGUUAGUGUAGAGCAUGAAGAAAGUAGGUUAUAUAUGAAUUGGCAUUUUCCCUGGGAGAGAUUUAGGCGGCAUUGCUUUUGGAAGUUCGUUUACGUCUGAAAUUAGUCGAUAGGCCUUCUAGUUGAUAUUGGUUUUCCGGCUCAUCCACUUGAUUUGCUUUUGUAUCAUUCGCAUGAUAAGUUGAGUGUAUUGAUUUCAGACACCCUGAAUUGUUCAGUUUGAUGAUUGGAGUUGGAGACAGGUUAUAUAUGAAGUACAAUAAAACAAGGAAUUUGUU